AUGAGAGGGAUUCAAUUGAUACCAGUGGCAUUGAGUUUAUUACCAUUUGCAUUAUCAGCAACAGUCACUGAGCCUCCAACAAAGACAAUCACUGAAAUUCAUACCGUUACUUAUAUACCAAAAGAAACACCAACUGAUAAAAACAGUCCUAUCAUUACCCAAACAUUAUAUGAGACUGUUGGUAUACCAAAUGAUAAAGAUAAUUAUGUGACUCCUUCUAGUGAUGAUAAAGAAACAAAAGAAACACAACAGAAUCAAGCUGCUCCAAUACUGAAUGCAACCAAAAAUUAUGACGCAAAUAGCGAUGAGGAUAAAAACAAUGAAGCUGCACUUUUGGGUUAUGAUGCUGACUAUUUUCAAAGUCGUUUAGAAAGUGAUCAAGAUCCAGAAAUUGAAGAUCAAGUCAAAUUUCAGGAAUUGAAUCAAGAUAAUGACGAUGAAGAUGAUGAUGGUGAAGAUUAUGAUUAUGACGAAAGCUAUGACUAUGAUGGAGAAAAUAAUAAUGAUGAUGAUGAUAACGAAGGUGAAGGUUCAAUUGAUGCAGCAUCUCCAUACCAUCUUCAACCAGGUUAUAGAGGCAAUGAAAACCCAAAGGAGUUAGAAAAACCAAGACCAGCAGAUCAAUCAAGUGCUAUUAAUGAGCCUAACCCAUCAUUUGAUCAAAAUAAACCAGUUGAAAAUAAUCUUCUUGAAUCUCCUAAUUCAGAUCUAAAUGAAGCUAAACCAAAUAUUGGAGAUGAAGAAAGUAAAUAUAUCCAUUCAAACUUUACCGCUCCAGAAAAGAAUGAGCAAGGUCAUCCUAUUCCACAACCGAUUGGUGAUCAUGAUCCUGAAGAUGGUGUUGAUUUUGUUGAAGAAGAAGAAGAAGUUCCAAGUUCAGAAGAUCAAGAUGGUAUUACCAAGGGAAAACAAAUUUUGGAUAGUGAGGAAUCAACAUCUUUAUUAAUUGGGAAUUCAACCAAUACCAAAGGUGAUUCAGCAUCCAAUUUAAACAAUUUCCAACAAGGACAAAUUCCAUCAUUCCUUGGUCGUACUGAUAAAGGUGCCAAUGAUACUGAAAUUAGUAGAAGUUCAGCAGCUAAAAAGGGUAAAUCAUUAAGAUCAAUGCUUUCCAGGUUUGACAACAGUGCAGCAUCAUUGAACAUGGAUGCCAAUUCAUAUUUCACAGUUUUGUUUAUUGGUGGGGUUACAGCAUUGCUUGCCUUUUGGUGA